AUGAAAUCACGGUUUGCAAUAUUCAGGAGUACGGCAUUCUCUCUUCUUCUCAUUGUUCUUGUAUGUGCAACUGUUAUUAUAUGGGCAUGGAACAGAACUCCGCUUCUCACUGCCUUCCUUCCGCCUAAUGGUCUGUUGCAACUUUCUCCAGAAGCUAAUGACAAGCAUCCAGCCCUGAAAGUAGGAAGAAAUGGCACUGCAGAAACUUCUACUGGUUUGGUAGAAGCAGAAGUGAAGCAUGACCAGAAAAUGGAAAAAAUUCUGAAAAAAGAUGUGCAAAUUAUGGAGUUUGCAGCACCAGUGCGUUCUGAAAAUUCAAGCUCGCGUUCUGAAAAUGCAAGCUCCACAGUGAAGGAACAACAUAUUGAAAAUGUUACAAGGCUUAUGGAUGAUCAAGGCUGUAACUAUGCAAAAGGAAAAUGGGUUUUAGAUAAUAACCGGUCUUUAUAUUCUGGGUUUCAUUGUAAGCAAUGGCUGUCACAGAUGUGGGCCUGCCGCUUGAUGCAACGCAAGGAUUUUGCCUAUGAGAAGAUACGGUGGCAACCAAAAAAUUGUCAAAUGGAAGCAUUUGAAGGGUCCAAGUUCUUAGAAAGGAUGCGAAACAAAACUUUAGCUUUUGUUGGAGAUUCAUUGGGCCGUCAGCAAUUCCAGUCUUUGAUGUGCAUGAUCACUGGUGGUAGGGAGAGCCCUGAGGUAAUGGAUGUGGGAAAGGAGUAUGGACUUGUUGUACCCAAGGGAGGUGCUCGCCCUAAUGGGUGGGCUUAUCGGUUUGCAAGCACUAAUACUACUGUCCUUUAUUACUGGUCAUCCUGCCUUUGUGACUUGGAAUCUAUUAAUAUCACAAACCCAGCAACUGACUUCGCCAUGCAUCUUGAUCGGCCACCAGGCUUUUUGCGCCAAUUUCUUCAUAAAUUAGAUGUCCUGGUCCUGAACACAGGGCACCACUGGAAUCGAGGAAAGCUUAAAGCUAACCGCUGGGUCAUGUAUGUGGGAGGUAUGCCUAAUACCAACAGGAGACUAGCAAUGAUUGGGAAUGCCAAAAAUUUCACUAUCCACAGAAAGGAAGUAGUGCAAGAUGAGUCUAGCGAUUAUAGUGCUGGCAAUGCAGUGAAAGGGACUGGGGUUAAGCUCUUGGACAUAACAGCUUUAUCCCAACUGAGAGAUGAGGGUCACAUAUCACAGUAUAGCAUUACAGCUGUGAAAGGAGUGCAUGAUUGCUUACAUUGGUGUCUGCCUGGUGUUCCUGACACAUGGAAUGAAAUCCUUUUUGCCCGUCUUAGUGCUACAUCAGUGAAUAAUUCUUGA